AUGUCCCUCGGCGCCAUUUACAAUGAGCUGCGGGGGGCCUUAUCGACGAAGAUUCCGGCCGAUCAGCACCCUGCUCCAGCCUUCGCGAAGAUAUCCAAACAUUUCGACACUCUGGAAGCGGCCAAGGUCAAGAUUCCCGCGCUUAUUGAAGGUCUAAUUUGCCUUUAUGCACUCCCCAGCCGCUAUGAGAACAUUGCGCAGAUGCUGGUCCAAGCUACCUCUGCUGACAACAUGGGCAUAGGUGCGGUACGGGAAGCAGUUACCACUGCUUGGGACCAGUCUCAAGGCAAGAAGCCUGAGAAACUCGGUGCGCACAAGAUCUCGGCGGUGAAGCGUAAGCCGGGCGAUCCCUCCUUUUCUUCGCAGCAGCAGCAGCGCCCUCAGGGCAGCAGCAGCAAUGCGCGAGAUGGGAAGAGGUGCCCUUAUCGCGGCAAGCGCGCAGGCAAGAAGCGUCAAGGGCAAAACCACGAUCACCACCAUGCCCACGACGUCUUGAUCGCCUCAACCGUCUCCCUUCCUCCUCCGACCAUCGCUCACGUCCUUGACAUUGCGCCUACUGGCAGCAAGACUCGGACGGUCAAAGAGCAAGGUCCGUUCCACCCGCCUCCUUCGGCGGAUACCAGUCACUACAACAACAAGAGGAUCAAGAAAGCCUUCAAGCUCGCGCGGGACCUCGACAUAAGUCCCACCGAAGAAGAUAUCAAGGUCUUGGACGCUCUUGUCGGGCAAGUCGAUCCGGACCCGGAUAUUGACAUGGAGGACGCCGACUCUGUCGCCUCCAGCCGUGCGUCCGAGCGUGCUCGUUUUGAAGGAGUCGCUCGCGCGGAUGACGCUGCGGACAGCGACCACGAUGACAACCAGUCUAUCGACUGGGGUAGUGACAAGGACCAGGGGGAGACUGUCAGUCUCGGCGACAAGGAAGACCUGGACCGCACUAUUGCGGAGGCUGCUGGCUUCGACCAGAAUGCCUUUAUUGACGAGCACUACUCGGCAGCGUAG